GGCAACGUCACUUCCUUUCCGAACUGAAGCUGACGUCACCCUACCGACAGAUGUCUUGGAUCCGGGAAGGAGAGCUAAGCCUUCUUGAAAGGUUUUCUGCCAACAUCCUAAAGGCAGGACCGAUGCCCAGACAUGUGGCCUUCAUUAUGGACGGGAACAGACGUUAUGCACGUAAGAGGCACGUGGAAAGACAGGAGGGUCACACUCAGGGCUUCGACAAGCUGGCUGAAACGCUCCGCUGGUGUCUAAACCUGGGCAUCCACGAGGUAACGGUGUAUGCCUUCAGCAUAGAGAACUUCAAACGCUCCAAAGAGGAAGUGGACGGUUUGAUGGAGCUGGCUAAAGAGAAGUUCCUCCGGCUGCUUGAAGAGCAAGAGAACCUUGAGAAGCACGGCGUGUGUAUUCGGGUUUUGGGAGACCUCACGUUACUGCCCGAAGAUCUCCAGCGCCUCAUUUCCCAAGCCGUGGUUUCGACUAGAGCGCACAACAAGUGCUUUCUGAAUGUUUGCUUUGCGUACACAUCAAGACACGAAAUCGCGAACGCGGUCAGAGAGAUGGCUUGGGGAGCCGAGCAGGGCCUCAUCAAGUCCAGCGAUGUAUCAGAAGCUCUGUUGAGUCAGUGCCUGUACACCAGCAGCUCUCCUAACCCCGAUCUCCUCAUUCGCACUUCUGGAGAGGUGCGUCUCAGCGACUUCCUGCUCUGGCAGACGUCGCACUCUUGCAUAGUAUUUCAGUCCAUCCUCUGGCCAGAGUACUCGUUUUGGAACCUCUGCGAAGCGGUUUUACAGUACCAGCUGAAUUAUCGCUCUAUCCAGAAAGCGCGUGAACUGCACACAGAGGCUGAAGCGGCCCAGCAGCUGGAGUCUGACCGCUCGUGUGUGGCCGAACUUCUCCAGCAGGGUGGAAACGGCAAACCCGUGGAUGCCCGCGCCCGUCACGCGGCGCUGCUGAGCUACACGGCCAGCCGAGAGGAGAGAGUCAACCGCUUCCUCAGCGCCCUUCAGCAGAAAAGAGACACUUUCUUCGAGCAUAUGAGCAACCUGACUGCUGUUGCUUAAGCACCUAUUGUUAAAAACAAUCCAGUUUUCAACUGCUUCCAAACACCUGAUUCAUUUUGCCGGCUAAUUCCGAUGAGUUUAAUCGGCCGUGUCAGAUCAGUGUAGGGCUGAGGUGCUGGAUACAAUAUGGCUGCCGGUUAGGUGUGGUUCGAAAACCCUAAGCAUGAGAAGAUUUUUUACAUUUGCUUAUUUGUAUAUAGUUUCAACGAUAAAGAUGGUGUACCCCGUUUUAUGGGGACGUGAGGUAUUUAUGGUUGUCUCAAAGAUGGUCAUCAACACUAGACACGUGAAACUAUUCCAGCGUCUUUGAGGUUUGUGUGUUACCGAAUGCGUAGCUCUAAAAAGCUGUGUCUUAAAUCACAUACAAUUAUUAAUUUUAGUCAACUUUCCAGGAUAUUUGAGCUGAGGAACAUGAACAAAAUAUUGUAUUUUUUUCAUGGGUAAUGUAGUAGGCAGCUGUCCCAUCAUUCACUACAGAUGCAAAAAGAGCCUUAGCAAAUAAGAACAAGAUGGCCACCAGUGAUGGCUUUUUGUCUAUGGCGCAACUCGUAAAACUCCUAAUAGGACAUCAUUUAAUUUCUGAAAGAAACAAACAUCCUUGACGAGCCUUUUCUUUGCCCCCCCGACCCAAUUUAUAUCCGUGUUGAGACUACAUUAAAGAAACGGGGCGUGUCCUGGCCAUGUUUGGAAGGGACGGCUUACUGUUUCCCAGCUGUCAGUUAUAGUAGCCAAGCCAAUGGUGGCCAUCUGUAAGCUCAUGGAUGUGCAAGAGAGCAGGUACCAUUUUCCUCCACGUCUGUUCCCCUGCCCUGUGAUGCAGAAGGAGCAGGAGUUCGGACCCAAUACUAUCCCCAGGUGAUGGCUAACGUGAUGAAGGAGAGCUAGCUAGUGAUUUGGAAUUGGCAAAUGAACAAAUUGGGAAAAGAUGUCAUGAAAGGAAGCCUAAAAUAAAGAAGCUAGUCCAUGCCUAUAUUGCAUCUUAUAGUUUUAUUACAGAUCUAUAAACACUUUAAAAUACAUUAAAAUGAAAAACACAUUUGGUUAAGUUACCUAGUUAACUUGGAUAUUUAAAUAUAAUUCAUUUUCACGAUCCCAUUUGAAAAGGAUGAUCUAUAGGCUAAUCUUUUAGUCUACUACAUAGCUUUUUUUUUUUUUUUUUAAGCAAAGUGUGAUUUGAGACACAGCUAUGGACCCGGUUCACUGGACACCAUGGUUCCACCAUUAGUGAAACUUUUGCUUGGUGAUUUUCUAAGCCAACCAGUGUUGGCGAUUCCUCAAAGGGCUCAAGAAUGUAGAAUACUUGAGAUUACUGUGACCACAUGUGUAUUUAAAGCAAAUGUCUUACUAAAUAAAAGAUUUUAAGGAAUA